AAAGACGCAGAACACAACAGAAGAAGCAGUGUGGGGAGGGAAGAAAACCCAGAAUCUAGUCUCACCAAAAUCAGCUAAAGCCUCUAACAACCAUACCAUAUUAUCAUAGCAACAAAAAACAAUACGAUUUUUUUCUUCUUAUUCUCUCUUUUUUUUUUGUUCUUUUUUCUUUUUUUAAUCGUAUUCAUGUGAAAGAGAGAUCUUGUCCUUCUACAAUGCCCACUUUGUAGUGGACAAGCUAGCCUCUUCCCGCUAAUUUCCCCUCACACUCUCUUCCAUCCUUCCAAUCUCACGGUUUUCCCGUUAACGCUUCGAAUCGGAGCUUCAUUUCCCCGCCCCUUUUGAUCGAUACCUAUUAUUGCUUAGGGUUUCAUUGGAUCAUAACUUGGUACUUGAAUUUGGGAUUUCGGACCUAUUAGGGUUUGAUCAAAGCACGAACUGCGUGGGGGGAUUGCGUGAAAUGGGUAUGAGCUUCGAUCUUUUCAGAGGUUCGAAUUGUGGAUUUGGAAACACGGUGCUUGAGCAUUUGUACUUGGAGAUUGCUUAUUCUUAAGAUGGUCUUUAACAUUGCUUCUAUGAGCAUGGAAGAGGAUUGUCUAUAUUAAUUAUUUAGACAGUGAUCAACACUUUGAGAGCCAGUUUUAGACACAGUACAAAGGCAGGGAGGGUGGUCUCCUUCUUUUUUUUUUUUUGACCUUUUUGAUCUUUAUUGGGGAAUGAUUUUGGUUUUGGGACUUGGCACAAAGGAAAAGCUGAUGAUUCUAUGUUGGCCCCAAAGAAAAUAUAGAGGAUCUGAUUGCAGUGGUCCUUUUUUGUUUCUGAAGAAACCCUUUGGAUUGACAUAAUCUGAGCUUAAUACCUUACAUAGAGAUCCUAAUCAUAAGCAUAUACUUAUUGGGGUUGUUUUGAAUCAUUUGCCAUUGUGUUAGGACUUUACUUAGUUAGAUUGAGUGGUUGCCGUGCUCAACGUUGAUUUUGAAUCAAAUUUCAGUAAUAUUAGUUUCAGCUAUUUGCAUUUUUGGUGAAGGGAAGUAAACCUUGGUGGUUUCCAUAAUUUGUGUUUGUAGUGAGUAAGAAGCUUAUGGAGGAAUAUUAAAGCUGGAAAUGAAUGCGGUGACAUGGUGCAUGGACAGGAGCAUAGUUGCUGGUUCGUCCCCUUUCUGGAACAGUGCUACUGGAAAGUAAUUGAAGCAUUCUCAAUUUUGCGAGGAGGAUACACUGAGCAUAUCUGGAUUUUGUGCAAUGUCGCGCUGCUUUCCAUUUCCACCACCAGGAUAUGAAAAGAAGACUAGAACAGACGACUUCGAUCUUCUAAAAAAGGAAAAGCGCAGAGAAAAAAAACAUAAAAAAGAGAAGAAGGACAAAGAGAAGAGGGAAAGUAAGGAAAAGAGAGAGAAAGAAGGAAGGGAUGGAAAGCAUAAGGAAAAGAAGGACAAAAAAGAAAAACACAGAGAAAAAAAGAAAGAUAAGGACAAGGACAGGGAUAAAGACAAAAGUAAAAUCAGUGCUGCAGUUGAGAUUCCAGGACACGGUCAGGGUCCUAAUGCAGGUAAACAACAUCAAAAGGAAAUCAAACAAAAUGAUAAGAAGGGUGCUUUGUUUGAUGAUAAACUUACCAAACAGUAUGCUGGGAACAAUGGAGAGAAGGCCAGAGAGAAUAAUCAUCUCGCUGAGGAGAGCAAGGAUUCCAAAUUCCUCCUGGAGUUGGACAGGAGGAUUAGGGACAAUGAUGGAGGAGUUGGGAAUCAAUUGGUUCAAAAGUUUACAAUUGCAGACCAUAGAAAGGAUGAGGGGGCUGUUAGGUUGGCGGCUAAGGGUAGUGGCACCUGGCCUGAUGGUAAUGAAAAGCUCCAGGAUAAGGGUAAUGAAAUCUGGACUGAGGCCCAACAUAUUGGAAAAGAAACAGUUCAGAAUCAUGCUAAUAAUUUUCAUCUCAGGGUUGGUGAAAUGCCCAGACCAUUGGAGCAGAAUUUUGACGGGACUUUGGAAGCAACAGUUGAAGGAAAAGAAAGGGUUAAGGAUAAAAAAGAUGAUAAACGGGGAAAUAAAAGGAAAGAUAGAGAGAAGGAGAAGAAAGGGCAUGGGAAGGAAAAAGACAAGGAUAAAGAAAAGAAAAAGAAGGAGAAAGCAAAGGAGCGUACUGAACAUGAAAACAGAGAACAGAAUAAAUUAAAAGAAAGCAACAAAGUUGGUCCAACAGGUUCAAAUUCUCUUAUACAGGUUUUGAGGCACAGCCAUGGGAAUUCUAUCGUUGAGGAAAAUCCCAAGAAACGGAAGGACAUUGAAUCAAAUGGAGUUAUGCAUGUCGAUGACAAUAGGAUCAGUAAGUUGCCAAGACCAUCUUCCUCUCAUCCAUGCACUGAAAAUGGAAGGAUAUUGGAACCUUGCCAAAUUUCCCUUCUGAAUGCUUCGCAUAGCAUAGGAGCAGCCACAAAUGUGAAGGCAGAUAACAAGGAACGCAAGAUAAAUGGCAUCAUUGAAGCUCUACCAUCUGCAGUUUCCUCAGACAAGACUUCCACCGCGACUGUGCCAGCUGAUGCAGUAACUGAGGCAUAUGCAAAACCACCCCAUCCAGAUACCAAGUACCUAAGUCAGGUAUAUUUGGUACCCAAAGCGGAUGAGUGGUCUGAUUUUGAUGACCAAGAGUGGUUGUUUGGCAGCAGCAGUACAGAAGAAAAAAAACCUGUGUUGAAAUCUUCAGAGGUUGGGGAUACACUGCAGGUAUGGGCAGAAGCUGUACAUAUAGAGGCAGCAGAUAUUUUUGCUCUGCCAUAUGUUAUUCCAUACUGAUUGAUUAUUCAAGUGGCACACGAUACUUAAAAAAUAUCUGCACAAGGAAGCUCACCCCCUAUAUUUGGGAGGAACAGCAGCAUCUGGGUCUAGAAAUUGAUUCCAAACUUUGUGAUGCAUUCUUUUGUUAUUUGCACUCUAGCAACAAACAUGUGUGACUGAGAUUGCCUUGAUCAUAAGCUGUUUUGGAUUGGCACUUCUGUCUGACUGAGUGCCUUGAUGUUGAACUGAUUGGAAGGGAAAACAUAUAUGUCACAAGUGAUUGCAUUGCUGCAGGCAAGGUUGUGGGUGCAGUUCUCACUUCACGCAUCGUAUUAAUUCAUUCAGAGAGUAGACUUCAUAAAAGUAGCCCCAGGUUGUGGAGAAGGGACUCACGAGCUUGUGCAACAAUUUUUUUUUUAAAAUUUUUAUUUUUUGCCUAUAGCUUGGACCUGGGUAGCUAGCUAGCUCUUUCUAAUUGAGAAUGAGAAUGUGAGAGAAGCUAGAUAUGGCCUUUGCAACUCCACCACAAUUUUGAUUUGUAACAUAGAACUCCUAUUUACAAGAAUAUGUAUGAUAGAGAGAGGGAGGAAAAAGUAGUAGUCGGAUUCAUUUCUUCUUCAGUUUCAUGUAAAUUUUCAUCAUUCUGCACAAGUCCUUGCUUGCUAUCAAUGGGCAACGCUGAGUUGAUUUAUUAUUAU